AUUCGCCACCGUCAGUAGCCGGCGAAUCGGCGCCGAAGACGGUCGUGCGAGGGGACUGUAUCGCGAAUUUUCGCGAGUGCUCAUUGUUACGAUUACAAUGUAUAAGAUAAGUGUUGUGGUUUCUGUGGUCUGAGUUUCGUGUUCCAGCUUUCUUUUUGUAUGAAACUAUCGGAUGCGAACUGCGUGAAUAUGAUGUCUGUGGCUGGCGUGGUGGUGCUGGCGCUGGCGCUGGGCGGCGCGCGGGGGGCGCGGGGCGGCGCGGGCUGCGGGGGGCACCUGCAGGGCCCGCACGGCGUCAUACAGACGCCCAACUUCCCCGACGCCUUCCCCGUGCCCAUCCGCUGCAAGUGGGUCAUCUCGCACGCCACGCCCAACGGCACCAUCUCCAUCUACUUCACGCAGCAGUACACCACUACUGGACUCACCUUCACCGAGUACAUGUACUAUGAUGACACGUAUAGACGGGGAGAAAGGAAGGCCUUCACCGUCACAGAUGAAAACAUCACUAGGGUCAAGUGGUUGCAGGUCCAAAGUCCAGUGCUAGUAGUGGAAUUAUCCCUGGACACCCUGGAAGGCACCCAGCUGCGGGCGCUGGGGCUACUAUCAGUGUUUGGUCUGAACAUCACGUACGCGGUGACCCCUCCCCCCGCGCCCGGCCCGCCGCCGCCCUCACCCCCUGCCUCGUCAUGCAGUGCCGUGGAGUGCCGCCUGCUUGGGCAUUGCUAUGCUAAUAGUGAUUAUCAGCAGUUCUACUGCUCGUGCUUCGAGGGCUACUCGGGCGCAGACUGCGGCGCCGGCCCGCUCUGCGCCCCCAACAUGUGUAUGAAUGGGGGCGUCUGCAGACAGAUGGGGCCGGCGGCUGUUAGCUGUAUCUGCCCUGCCGGCUUCGCUGGGGACCUCUGUGAGGCGCAGGUCCUACGGCCAGAGUGCGGAAUAGAGGAAUGCUCCGAAGGCUGCACUGGAGGCUCCAAGUGCGACUGCAGUCCGCGCGACAGUGACUCCACGUCAGCGCGGUACGAAACGAAACUGCUGGUUAUGGAUCGCCAGAACGCAAACCUCACUCAAGAAAUCAUUGAACAGGUGACCUUAUACCUGAAAGAAUCCAACAUCACAUUAGACGACGAUAUCGAGAUAUUGGACAUCAGUCCACCAGACGCUCAGGGCGCGCGCUCAGUAGCCGUGCGCGUGUGGGCCCCGCGCCGCGCGGCGGGUGCUAUGCGCGUGGCCCUCUCGCGCCUGGUCGCCGUGCGCACGCGCGCAUCUGAGCGCAUGCGCCUGCUGCCCACUACGCUGCAGUUCACUAUGCAGCCGGCGCUUAGCUUUCAUGCACUAACCCUGAACCAGCGGUCCGAGAUAUGGGAGGGCUCCGAAUUUAUACUAAGCUGUACCGCUUACGGAUCCCCGGGCAUUACAUUCACCUGGUAUAAGGAUGGGAAUAAGAUAAACUUCAACGGGACUACUCGAGACAUUUGGACCCGGACGGUGGCCGAGGACGCUUUGGGUCGUCGUAUAUCGGUGCUUGGUAUCUCGGAGGCGAAACAGAUGGAUAGCGGGCAGUGGUCGUGCGCGGCUGAUGACGCCGGCAGACGGAGAUGUGGGGCCCUCCGACUGAGAAUCCUUAAACCACCAGAAAUUAGACUGUUGCCGUCCACUUUGACAGUCAAUAAGGGUGACAAUGUAAGUGUAACUUGCCUGGCUGGUGCAAGUAGAGUCCACGGAGCUCUGGGCUUCAGCUGGACGGUCGAGCGGACUCUGCUGCCCUUCGUGCCAGGACGCGAGGUCUGGGAGGACCUGUACCCUGCUGGCAGCGUCCUCAAGUUGUACAACAUACAAAAAUCAGGAGAAUACCGUUGCCAAGUGUCUUCAAUAGCUGGAACGAAUGCCAAGGGUGUAACGUUGUGGGUUAUCAAAGAGGAUGAUGGGGCCUGCAAGCCGGAUGCUUCCCAUGGUCUACACUGGCCACGAACAGCCCCCGGCGCUUACGCCUCGGCCCCCUGUCCCCCUGGUUACACAGGGGAUACUAUCAGAUUCUGCGAAUCAGACGGUGUAGUGAAAUGGAAGCAACCAGAUUUUUCUGGAUGCAUAGCCGAGUCUCUCAAAAAUAUUCACGAUUUGUUCACGCUGGUUUCUUAUGGAUAUUCCCGGAUGGAAGUAUCAAACAUUAUUCAUCAAUAUGGUAGCAUCCUGCGCUCCCUCCCGAUUCACCCUGGCGGUGGUGUCAUACCCUUCGAGCAUGCGAGGGAGAUGCUCAACUACCUCCGCUCUCAUGCCGUCAGCCCUAAAGACAGGGCACACAGUGUGGAAUACCUCAUGAAGAUAUUCAACACGCUCUUAAAACAUCAUGAAACCUUUUUGGAAGAUGAGAAAAUACCUGUGCUACAAACCGCCAUUGCUGAGACAGCAAGCAUGCAAGAUUACGUGGACCUGUCAUUUCGGGAGUUCACAGUUUUGACCAAACCAAUCCACGAAAGUCAUCCGACUCACUUCAAACUACAAGAUAAAGUUUCUGAUGGCGAAAAAUGGACCCUUUUGACUGCUAGCGAAGAAUUACUACAACACACUGGAAAUGCAACUGCCAUUGCUGUUAUGUACACAAAUUUAGAAGCCAGACUUCCUUAUUUAGUUUCCGCUGUAGAGAACAAGUAUGAAAAUGUAUUCACCUCAACUGAUAAGUACUGUUGCAGAGACGGUAGAAAACUGGAUUAUCAUCUGGUGUCCCCGCAAUUACAAGUUCUUGCUUCCGGUACUGAAGUAGAUACGACUGUAGAACCGGUUGUUACUUUGCUCUUCUCACAUACGACAAAUAUUUCUGCUACAACAUCUAGAUUAGCGUGUGCUUACCGAGUUUCAUCGGAACUAGGUUUGUGGAGCACAUCUGAGUGCGACUUGAGCAUUCCUGAGCCGAAUUUCGUAUCAUGCUAUUGCAAAGGUUUCGGCACCUAUGCACUCUUUACUGUUGCAAGCUCAACAUUUACCGGAUCAGAAGAAGACCUCCGAGGCAUAGUAAAAAUAGCAACUGCUAUCGGAAGUGCCAUAUGCCUACUCGUAGGCGUCCUCCAAUUCCUCGGUCUAUUUACGACCCGGAAAGAGAGGCUAACCAUGCUGCUCAAGGCAGUCACAGCAGGUACACAUUCCGCUGCAAUUCUGAUGCUCUUAGAGUGUGACGCCCGACAGGAGGCGUGUCCGGGCGUGUGGGGCUGGGUGUGCGCGGCGUGCUGGUGCGCGGGGUGCGCGGCGCUGUGCGCGCAGCCGCUGCUGCUGCAGGCCGAGCUGGCGGGCCGCCCGCAGAACGCACCCACUGUUGGGUUACUAUCAGGGGUGUGCAUCAUGAUAUGGCUGACCGCCCGGCUGUGCGGAGGGGCGCCCCUGCACAUCGGGUCUUCUGCCCACAUUGUGUGUGCGACAGGGUGCAUACUACUGCUUAUACUUGGAUUCAGUUUAUCUGUCUGCGCUCUUUUAAGAAUACGGUCAAUAACACAUGAGAUUCCGUUGCAAAAAAGGAAUUACCUUAGAGACAGGCGGAAAGAAAUCAACCACACUUUGGUGUUACUCGUAACAACUACACUAGUAAUGGUUGCAGGAGUAUCUUACGUGCAACCAGGAGAAAGCAAAAUUACACAGACCAUCAUUUUUGCACUAGCCGUUAUAAUAAACGCAAUAGCCAUGGUAGUUUGCUACGUGGCGUUCGAUGAUGAGUGUCUAAAAGCAGCCAAACGGAUGCUGUUCAUAAUACCCAAUCGGAAAUGGGACGAUUCUCGAGGGGGAAACACUUCGCUUGGAUUGUAUUCAAAGCAAAGCGCGGAAGACACGACAACGGGAAGUAGUAAGAAGUCGACGUCUAAAAUAUCUCCUGUGUCAUCCUACUGGAGAGCAGGUGACCUGGAAAGUCCGCUGAGGAUACAGAGGUGGGACGCGUAGCCUCACAACGUAGACGAAGCUUAAGAGUCCGGAAAAGCUAACAGAAGAUUCUAGAUGCGCCGGUUGCGUCUCUGAAUGUGUGGCGAAGACUUGCGCUUUGUAUGCGCAAGUGCCAUGCACUUACAGGAUGUUAUCGCCAUCGAAAAGUCUGGAAGAUUGUGUGGAAUGCACAUGUUCUGAUGAUGUAUUGGGAAUCGACAUACUGCCUACAAAUGAGGUUGGUAACGGAAUAUGUCAGAUCAAAGAUGACCCUUGCGGUGGUUUUACACCGUCCGGAGAGAAAAUUGAUGAUAAUAGGAAGUUAGAUUUAAGUAGAGUUAAUAGGGAAUGGAAUGAAGCGUAUAGCAGCUCCACUGCAAAGGAUCAGGUGCUACAAAGGAUCACAAAUGACUUGGAAUACUUAUUGGAUAAGUCUGAUGUUUUUGCGCCUUUUUUU